UUUAAUGCAUUAUGCAUUUAUAGUGGAGUGCGAACCCCAAAGCACGUUACUACUACUGACACAAAAAACAACUUAACAAAAAAAGUUGGUAAACACAUAAAAAACUCAAACCCAAAACAUAUAACCCUACUAUAACUGCAGUGACCAGAAACAACUUCUUGUUUAUAUUUCAACUUGUUGGUCCAUUUUGAGGAUAAUUGAUAUCAUGAAGGUUCCUAGCUUUUGUGCUUUGCUCUUGUUGGUUGUCACAGCUUUUACCUUUUUUAUCUUCUCAGGCACCACCACAGGUGCCUCUUGGUUUGCAGAUUUGGUUGGUACAAAAUAUGUUGAUGAAACUACACCAAUUGCAGUUAGUAGGAAACUGAAGGAAAAUGUCAAGAGGAUUAAAGGCAACGAAAAGGGUGAUAUCGGCGAUCGCGUAAGUCUUGAAGAUUAUAAUCCAAUUGAUCCAACACCAGGUGGAGCAAAGAAUGUUAAUGCAGGACCAAUUGAACAUGGAACUCCUCUUAUGCCAUUCAUACCAAAAUCUCCGCCUCCUAUUGGUCAAUCUAAUCCUGGUCCUGGAGAUUAUGAUUAGUAACAACCUGUUAUUCUCUAGAAGAAGCAAUGCUUAAAAAAUGUAAUGAUGCUAUAUAUGUAAAAUAUAAGUCAUGGUUAAUCUGGUUUACUUGCUAUGUAAUCUUUGUUUUAUCAUGUGUUAAUGUUGUGUAAAACACUAGUAGUUUGUAAUUUGGCAUGUAUGUAAUCUAAUGUAAUCUACUUGGAAGUAUUAUGUAUCAUGUAUGCUUGUUAAAUUUUAAGUGUUUUGUUUGCAUUA